AACAACAUACACAUCGCUUUCUGAUGAAAAUAAUGAUGUUUGUUUGGAAGAUAAUCUUCAAUUUGCUCUUAUUCUUGACGAUGCUAACACCAUCGUUAACAAUGCAACACGGUGACAGUAGUGGCAAAAAUAGCGAUAAACCACCGUAUCGGAUCGUAUCGUUGAGAAAUGGUGCACGUGUUCGUGGUCGACUUGAAGCGUCAAGUUUGGGCAAACGAGAGUUGUAUUUCUUCAAAUCAAUACGUUAUGCCGAAGUGAUGCAACGAUUUGGGUUGCCACAAAUGGCCCGCACAUGGCACGAUAUUUACGAUGCAACUUAUAGCCGUGGUGGUUGUCCACAAGGUCUGCCGUUUAUAUCGAAAAUUGAAGAUUGCCUUCACUUGAAUAUAUGGCAACCAGCCCAUACUGCUGGUUAUAAUUGCAAAUUGAGACCGGUCAUUGUCUACCUAUAUGGGGGAGGAUUUCAAUUGGGAAAUAUCAAUUUGCUCGGCACCAGCAUUUUUGAUGGCGGUCGCUUAGCGGAUCUGGGUGAUUUGAUUGCCGUCACGGUUCAAUAUCGUUUGGGUGCAUUUGGGUUUCUGUAUGCCGGCAAUGAUCGUGCACCGGGUAAUCAAGGUGUCCAUGAUUUGAUAUUGUCAUUGCGUUGGAUCCAACAAAAUAUUGAUCGUUUUGGUGGGGAUCCAGCAAAUGUGACCGUAUUUGGACAAUCAGCUGGAUCGAUGAGUAUAUCGGCAAUGAUUUUGUCACCAUUAGCCCGAGGCCUUUUUCGACGUGCCAUAAUGAGAUCUGGUUCGAUAAAUGAAUAUCUAGCAUAUUCGCCACAGAAUUCACUGAAAAAUUCAUUGACUUUUGCUAAAAAAAUGGAUUGUCCAGUGCAUGACAUGGAUCGAAUGGUUGAUUGCUUGCAAAAUAAAAGCAUUGCAGAACUGACAUUCAAAACAGAAUCAUUCAAUUUACCCGCUAUAUUCGAAGGAAAGCAAAUAUUCCUUAUGUAUGGCGAUUAUGCGGGUUUGUUGCCCGAUCGACCAAGCCGAAUGCUGGCCAAUGGAAUUUUCAACCCAGUUGAUCUGAUCAGUGGUUUUACAUAUGGCGAAUUGGGAACAAUAACAACAUAUAUUGUGCCCCAAUUAUUGAAUGGUCUCCGUAAGUUUACCUACCAAGAUAUGAAACACUUGUUCGAAAAAUCAUUGCUCGCAGUGCAAGGACCCGAAUCGUUUAUUCGUCACAUUUUUGAUUUUUAUACAAAAAACCUGCAAGAACAUCCGACCAAUAUGGAAUUGCGACGAACAAUAGUCGAUACAUUAUCCGAUGGCAUUAUGAUAUGCCCAACAUAUUUAUUCACUCAACAAUAUGCCCGAAUGUUGGCCAGAAAUGCGACCAAUGUGAAUCGAGUAUAUUCAUAUCGUUUUGACCAUUAUUCGCCCUAUAUGAUGGCAUUGCUAUGUUUUCGUUGGAUGGGUGCUUGUCAUGCCGCCGAUAUACCAAUCAUGUUUGGUUUGGCGUCUGAUCCAUCCAUAUCGAUGUUAUAUAAGAUUAUAUUCAAAUCCAAUGAUAGAAAAAUCUCACAACAAAUCAUGAAAGUAUGGAUCAAUUUUGCAGAAAACGGCCAACCGGGUAAUCAUUUGGAUGGUUUGGAAUGGCCAGAGUUUCGUUCGACCGACACGCUAUUGGGUGAUGAGAAUGGAACCAUACAAGCAUGGAAACAAAUGAUUAUCGAUCAACCAUAUCGCAUAACCAUCAAUUCCAAUCUAGAGAGGUGUCGAUUUUGGCAACCGAUUCUCUUUCCGGAUAAUGAUUAGAGUACUUUGCUGACGAAAUUUGAUUUUGGAAAAUACUAUCAAUUUGAUAAUAAAUUAUAAAUUAUAGUGAUAAAUGUUUUAUUCAAU